CUCAGCCGAUUAUUUUGGAAGCAAAGCCUCAUGCUCAGCCGAUGUAUUUUCAUACGAAAGGUUACGAAAUCGGUCAAUAUGCAAGUAAUAUGCGAUGUAGCUGGAUACUGACGGGUACCACUGUCAGGAAGAGAAUUGUCUUAACUAUACAUGAUUCUAGCAUUGACGAUGCUUUGUUUUCCCGAUGCAAUAGCUCAAAAUCUCCGGAAAUAGUACGUUGGUGCGGCGACAAUCAUCCGAACGCUAUAAUGAGCACUACCGACUCACUGUACGUCUACUUCCAGAGCGACGAAACAUUCCAAGGCAGAGGCAUCAAUAUGUCGUUCGUCGAAUUUGAAACAUCAGAAUGUCCGCCCAGUUGGAUUUCAAAUUCAGCUGGCUACUGCUACGUCCUGAAAAAGCCAGUGGAUGGAUUGACGUGGGUGGAAGCACAAAAAGAAUGUACUCUGGAACGGAGCAAUCUGCUAACACUAUCUUCUGCCAACGAAUAUUCUUUUAUAACAGCAACAUAUGCAAAAAACAAAACGUUCCCUUGGAUUGGCUAUACGGACUUCAACAGCGAAGGCGACUUCAGUGCAGUGGAUCCAAGCUCCGGACCUUGGCCAGAAGACAUACCCAAAAUUUCUGAAAAUCAUCCGAUACAAGACUGCGUCUACAUGGACUGGAGUAACCGGGACGGAAAGGUGUUCGCUGUAGAUGACUGUCGAAAUCGACAUGAAUAUCUCUGCAAACGUCGGCGAGGUACAUUGGUUAACAGUUUUUUAGAUUUACUCACAAUCUAAAA